AUGAGGAAUAUUCAUAUAUAUGUUAUUCCAUCUCGCCGUCUGUCCUUAGCUCAUGGAGGGGGGGGAGGAGGAGGAGGAGGAGGAGGAGGAGGAUCUCUGACCUCUGACACGGAAUCCGACGAACCUACACAGGAUGUUCCAUCAGGGUCAUCUGACUUCGGACUCGACCAGAUAUUAGCAAAAAUUAGCUCAGAGAGCAAGCAGUCUCCUGUACGUCAACGGCGACGACCGUACGGAAUCCACGAGUCUAGCAGGCCACUACGAGCAGCAGCCAGCCUUGAGCGUGGCCUGAACAACAUCUCUUACCCUCUGAAUACAUAUUCUUCUGGCUACAACACAGUGACGCCAACAGGCCCUGUUCCUGUUAGACUGAACCACUUGAAUGCUGGUUCUGUUCCUGAUCUCGGGCCAGAUACAGUCGACAGAAUUGCCGGGGUCAACCAGUACUUACAGCAGAGGUGGACUAAUUACUUUGGAGAGCUUUCUGUCCCAUUAGGAGGGAAGGCAGGCUGGCCCUCACAGGUCAUAGGCCAGUCGACCUUUUUCCUAAACAAGAACAGCACCUCUAAAUUCUUCCACAAAGGUGAUGUGUCUUCUUCAGCCACUGUGAAGAAUCAUUCCCCAUUUGUGGCUGCAGCUGGCAUGGCCACGGUCACUCAUCAAGAAGACAUCAAUAUAACUCAGAAAAUUGAUGACCUGCGUGCUUGGUUAGACAGCGCCCAGGCCACUUCAGCAGUUCUGAGCAAUGCAAAUAAGUGAGCAGGGUGGCUUACUGGUGCAAUUUUGUGAAAUUUUCAUGAAUGGUUGCAACCCAUUUUGGUCUUCCACAACCCACAUACCGGUACUGUGACAGGAGGGAUCUUCGGUAAACAAACUUGUUCUGAAUUAUUCAUACUCUUUGUCUUUAGGUGCAUGAUGUAGUUAUGUAUUGAUAUGACAACCAAUAACCUUGUGCUCAAUACAUUGUUAAGAGUAUUGAAGCCCUAAGGGAGAUUUUUUUAUGAGUUAUUUUGAUACCUCUUGCUGAUAUAUUACUUUCCAUGGGAAAGUGUCAUGUUCAGAGAGUAUUUUCCCAGAGUCCAAAGGAAUAUUUGUGUGAACUAUUUUAAUGGUUGAAAACCAAAGAUGUGUAAAGGAUCCUCCUGCAUGUUUGCUUUUGUUUCGUACCUUGUAAAUAUAUUUUAAGGAAAAAUUAAAACGGGCAGCAGUGCAUUACUGUAUAGAUCUAAUCAACAAGUUGUUUGAUACAUUUGAUGUGGUUAUAGAUGAAACUAGUGAAUUUGGCUCUUAAAACCUUCAUCUGACUGAAUAUACUGAUUUCAUGUGCAUAGAAAAUCAGUUGUGAUAACUUGGCUAAUCUCAGAGUAACAUUAGUCCGUCCAGAAUCUGCCUUCAGGAGUUAUUCCAUCUUUUGCUAAAGGAUUCGAAGAUUUCACUUUGUUUCAAAGAGUAAUCUGGCAUCGUCUUUCAGAAAGUUCAGCUGAAAGAAAGAAGUAGGUAAUUGUUUCUUUACCCGGUAUCUUAUAGUUGUCAAUAAUUGGCAACUUAAUUGUUUACCAUUAAGUUUCAAAUAAAGGUACCUUAGUUAGAAUAGGGAAAUCUGUAAAUUUCUAGAAUUGGUGAGAAAUGACAAAACAUUCUGCUGCGUUAAUACAGUGUCAGAAAAGAAACGCAGUAGAACAAAGGGGUUAUCAGUAAACCCGUUUUGUGCAUAGUGGGUUUUUCUGCCAGCAUUGUUGAAGAGAUAGGGUAUUCAGAAAUAGGGUGUCAUUUUAAGCAAUAUAAGUUAUCCUGAGAUCAUAUUUUUGUUAUCAUAAGUAUCAAAGCAAGGUUCCAGAAAUCCAUGACUCAGAUAGAUUUGAUGUUGCCUUUGGUGUUGAAACAGACAUCAGCUUUUGAGAUUUCUUUUCCCCCUUUUUCAUCAGGGUAAAGUGUAAUUAUUGUUUUUUAGAGUGUGGUUUUCUGUCAUUCAUCUCAGUGCAUGUUGCCGAAGGAAUGGUGAUUGCACUGAACCAGAAAAUAGUAAGUCUUUAUCCAUCCAGGUAGUGCCAUAAAAUGUGGUUCUGGCUUAUACUAGAGCUACUUGACAUUUAAGCAUAGCUAAGAAGACUGUAAAUAUUUUUGUAAAUGUACAAAAUAAAUCUGUUAUGAGUUA